AUGGGCUUCUUCCAGCAAGUCAAGCUUCUUCUUUGGAAAAAUGGGCUAAACAUUGUCAGAAAUCCAGUCUGGUCGCUAACUCUGGUCAUUUGGCCUCUGAUCAUCUUUAUCAUUGUUGCUGUGACCCGUGACCACUACCCACCUGUGCUUCAUGACUCAUGCUAUGUGGCACCGCGAAACCUCCCCAGCGCCGGCUUCUUCCCUUUCUUGCAGACCCUCAUGUGCAACGCAGACAGCAAAUGUUACAACCAGUCACGGCUCACAAACCCAUCAAAGUUUACGAAAAGAGACACCGAUGACGCGUGGUCAACACAGCCAUCAAAGGGCUCUCUCCUAGCAAGUCUUAUUAAAGGCGGUGACUUUUACAGUUACACUUUUCCAAACGACUCCAGUCAGGACAUCCCCUUGACCCUUGAAAAAAUAUGGCAGGCAGUCCAUCAAGGACACCACAGGAAUUCCUCUGUCAGCCACAGAAAGAAGACAACACUUCUGAGAGAUCAGGAGGCCUUGUACAAAACGAUGGAGGCCAUGAACGUUGUAAAGAGGGCCAUCUGUUCCAUAACUCUGACCGCGAUCAACACAUCCUCUCCCAGCACCAUCAGCGAUGCAGUGGUCACCUUUUGCAUCUCCAAUAAUACUGUUGUUGAGUUCUCUCUCUUGACACUCAACCAGAGAGUGACAUUGUCCGUGGUCAUUGUCUUACAGCUGAGCAUUACCCAAAGAAUCGGCAGCAUUUUCAAAAUUCGUAUGAUGCUGAUCCCCACUGAGCUUACUGUGUUGAAUAUUGCACAUAUCUUGAAAGAGGAAAUUCUAACAGAACCUGACGAGCUAGCAAAGGUCGUUGGGGGGAUGAUGCUGGUGUUUCAAGAGAUGCAGAAUCACACCUCAUUGUGGGAGAGCCUUCUAGCAAUCCCACAGCUCUUUUCUGCAGGAUCACGUGAACAAAUGUUGGACACAGCAGUGACCCUUCUCGCCAACAUACAAGGCAACAUGAAUGCAGUCUCACAGUUUUCUUUUCCACAGACAAUGUUUUUGCUGUUAGACAGAGACUUGCUGUAUUCCUACAUUUGUGACAACAGUAGUAACCCACUCUGGCUCACAACUAUGUGCAUCACUGGUACUUUGGACACGCUUCUAGGCAGCGUCAGUCCUGAUAAGGUGGUGCAGCAGGCUUUACUGGCUUGGAGUAAGCAUGUGGCUCCCCAUGAUGUUUCAUUUGUCAAAGGACUGCUCCAUAGUCUCUUGGGAGAAGGAUUCUCAGGUGGCAUGGGAGGCUCAAACAUCUCGAGGUCCUGGCGUAAUGGAGAUACACCGCCACAAAACAUUGAGGAAGAACUAUUUUUGACGGUCGGUCAAGUAGUGCUGAGAUUGAGUGAAAUUCAUCCCGACGUGGACAUGAUUGUUCAACGCAUUCUGAGCGUUGGUUUUCAGUCCAUGGAAAUGGCAACGUACUCCAUUGAUGCUGUUAAAGCUAAUCCUAGUUCAGGGUUCGGCAACCCCCAGCUCCUCAGCCACAUGCAGGUCUUCAGCACCUCGCUCAUGGAUCCCUGGAGCUCUUUCAAAAAUGUAUGA